AUCGCACUCGGGAUUACUCAUCGGCCUGUUCUCGUUCCUUCUGCAUCAGGUGAUUCAACGUUGGAAAACAAGGCAGGACUAAAAAUGGACUCUCUCAAGAGCUCGGCGAGCCGCGUGUACGCGUUCCACCACCAUAGGCACCCUGUCGAAGGAAAAAGGAGCUCUCGCGCCUCGGACAGGAAACAUCGGAGCGGUGCAGUGACGCUUUGAUCACGCUUUGGUCCGGACACACGCAGCCGCUAGUCGAAUAAGCGCGGCUCAGUAUACUGCAGUCGUCGGUUACAGCCGGCUGCCGUAUGCGCAUAGAGGAGAACAAUCGUUGUACGCUGUAGCUACCGAUCGCGAGUGUUUUCUCGAGGAUAUAGAUUUACGCUGCUAUCGUUGUUUGUGAGAAGAGUGAAGAGCCAAGGUGGACGGAAUUGGACCUUUUUUCCCUCUUACUUUCGGAGCCUCCUCGGCAGAAUGAGGAAUAGAUUUGCCAAUGCGGUCCGCGCGCUCGCGCUUCUGCUCCUGCCUUGGGGAGAAGCGCUGCAGUACCAGCCGCUCGACAUCUACGCGAGCCACGGCAGCGAGGAGUGCGCCUUGAUCCUCGACUCACCGGGACGCAGCAGCCUCUACGAUUACACCUACAACCUACUGCGCGGCGGUGCUUUCCCACCGUCGAGCGUCGGAUCGCAGACUUGCAUCACUUACGACGCCGUCAAUCGGGCUUUCGUCGAAGCCUCCAAGCGAGUCCAUGUGAGCAUGCCGAAGAACGAGAAGUGGAGGCCCGAGGAUUUGGCCAGUGUCGGCGAGCUUUUGCUCGACAUUUCUGUGAAUCUCGCUCGCACCUACGGUCUGACGACGCAGCAGAUCGAGAAGUACCUGCCCCAGAUCGACACCUCGAAGACGCUCAUCCGCGACGUGUGUCCGGCCUUCCUGAGCACCGUCGAGUGUAGGCCCGGAAAGUACCGACGCUUCGACGGUCUCUGCACCAAUCUGGAGCACCCGACAUGGGGCGCGAGCUUGUCGCCGUUCGUCAGGCUGCUGAGUCCGAGGUUCUCCGACGGUAUGAACGCGCCGAGGAUCGCGACGUCCGGCAACGACUUACCGCUGUCUCGUGUAGUCUCUCGUACGAUGCAUCCCGACGAGGGCUUCCACGAUCACGCGGGCACGGUCAUGGUGAUCGCCUGGGGUCAGUUCAUGGACCACGAUUACACGCUCACCGCUACUCCCUUGGACGCGAUGAACCGUAACGACCCGGAGGAGUGCUGUAACCGAGCUCCCCAAGACAAGAACCCAUACUGCAACGAGAUCCAGAUCCCGGAGGACGACUACUUCUUCAGACUCUUCAAAGUCAGAUGCAUGGACUUCGUCCGGGCUUUCCCCGGAGUCAGACCCGGCUGCCGACUGGGUAGCCGUGUGCCCUACAACCUGCUCACCGGUGUUCUCGAUGGAAACACCGUCUACGGUAUCAGCGACGAAUUUGCCAACAAACUGAGAACUGGUUACGCCGGAUUGCUGAGAAUGAACCCCGUCUUCGAGGAGUACGGCCUCAAGGAUCUGCUCCCUCUGAAGCUCGACAUCCCCGACGAGGGCUGCACUAGGCCCAACCGAUCGAUGUACUGCUUCGAAGCCGGUGAGAUCCGAGUGAACGAGCAGCUGGUGCUGACCUGCAUGCACACGCUGAUGGCUCGCGAGCACAACCGAGUAGCCAAGGCUCUGGCUCAGGUCAACCCUCACUGGGACGACGAGACGCUCUUCCAAGAGGCCAGGCGCAUCGUCAUCGCUGAAAUCCAGCACAUCACCUACAACGAGUUCCUACCGAUCCUCCUUGGAAAGGACGUCAUGCAGAAGUUCGGUCUUCUCCUCGAGAAGGACGGAUACUGGGACGGCUUCGAUCCCAACGUAAACCCCGGAGUGAUCGACGCGUUCGCUGCAGCGGCUUUCCGGUUCGGCCACUCGCUCUUGCCCACCGCCGUUGAGAGAUGGAGCAAGGCUCAUAAGUUCAUUGCCUCGAAGCGUCUGUCCGAUCUGAUUAGACGGCCGUUCGAUUUGUACAGAGCAGGUGUUUUCGACGAGUACUUCAUGGGUCUGAUGAAUCAAGUGGCGCAGGCUAUGGAUGACUCGAUUACGCAAGAGGUCACCAACCACCUUUUCAAGAAAGUCGGCGCCAAGCACGGAAUGGACCUGGUCUCGUUCAAUAUGCAGCGUGGCCGCGAGUUUGGCAUUCCCGGAUACAUGGAAUUCAGGAAAUUCUGCGGCCUGCCUGGGGCCGAAACCUUCGAGGAGCUCUUUGGCUCGAUGCCCAAUGAAACCGUGCGCCGAUACCUGUCCAUUUUCGAACACCCAGCAGACGUUGAUCUUUGGUCUGGUGGAGUUUCUGAAAGACCUUUGCCGGAGAGCAUGUUGGGGCCAACUUUUGCUUGCAUCAUCGCUACUCAAUUUAGUAAUUCUAGGCGUGGUGACCGAUUCUGGUACGAACUUCCUAAUCAGCCGUCGUCGUUCACCCCCGAACAAUUGCAAGAAGUCAGGAAAACUAAACUCGCCCGAGUGAUCUGUGACAACACCGACUUGAUCGAUACGAUACAGAUCUAUCCUAUGGUCUUGCCAGAUCACGAAAUCAACCCACGUGUGCCAUGUAAGAGCGGAAUCCUCCCAAGCAUCGACUUCAGCAAAUGGGCUGAAUUCCCACAGCAGGCUUACGCUCAAGACUACGCGAAUGACUAUUCGGGGCAGUAUGGUCAAUUUGUGAAAUGAGCUUGAGUCAUUCUAAUAAUCAACGAUAUAAAGACAAUUCUAGCGAGUGUUUCGGCGAAAAUUAAGGAAAAGAUAAAACAAUAGUCAAAUAUUAUUUUUUUAUGAUUUUCAGUAAUCUUUGACACUUAGAUAAGAGUUGAUCCAUUGUCGGGACAUUUUCUUCCAUAAAACAAUAACCGUACCGACAAGCAUUUAUUUCCCAGCAUGUGUACUUGUGCAUAUAGUACAUAAGACUAGUUGAAUAUAUUUAAACGACCGAGCACGUGUAUGGAAAAUUUUGAUAUAGCAAUUUCAAGGAAAACUGAGACCUGCGGAUCGAACUUUUGUUCAUCGGUAUUAUAUUAUUGAUCCCGAUUGUUCUGUAAUGAGUCGAAAUUUUAAAUUGUAAAAUAUAAUUCUACUGUUCUAGUUCAGUUUUCCUUGAUCAGUCAUUUUGUAACUUUAUUGUAUAAUACGAAGUACAAUAAGCAAUACAAAUAUUUUCCUAUGCGCAAUCAUAUGGGCCUUUGAAAGAUGAACGUUUAUACAUACAUAAGUACUUGAAAUGUUUGUAUUUAAAAGGCAUCAUAUGCAUAUAAACUGAUGAAUACUCUCUUCAAAACGAAGCUAGCAUGUAGAACUUACGAUUUAAGUGAAUAAAUGAUAGAUUUUACUUAAUCUUAAGUCUGUCUUAUACAAAAAAGAACUGAUUAUGUCAGUGUCAUCGAAUAAAUAAAAAAACAGAUUACGAGGCAUUCAUUGUCAUAGUUAAUCUUGCUCUUGUACAUUUUAUAGUUUUUUAUUUAUGUAUCGACACAUACUUGCACAUAAUUCACUUCUUACUGUAAUCUUAUAGUUUUCGUUUGCUUUGCGCCUCUUCAUACGACUUUAUUCUUAAUGAUAUUAUAUACUUUUAUAAAAAAAAAAAAAAAACUAUCAAACACUUAAUACUCAAAGAUUGAUGUUAGCAUCGAGGGAUUUGUUAGAGGCAUUUUUGUAUGGUAUUGUAAAAAGUAAAUAAUACAAAGAAUUAACUACAUAAAA